AGCAGCCGCGUCUAAACGUGGCUCAACGUGGAAUGCUGUCUCUAAAGGGGACACGUAGCGCCUCUCGACUGCUCACCACUACUGUGUCUCCUACUGGACUCUUACUGCUCAUCGCCAAGUCUCCACAUUGCCUCAAGAACCGACGCCACCACUUGCCACCGCUCGUCGCGCGUGCUUUGCCACGUCCGUCCGUCCGUCGGCCCCUGGCGCCCCGGUGGGUGCGAUGUCAGCUGCGCGCCGCGUCGUGCGGCAGAGCAAGUUCCGCCACGUGUUCGGGCAGGCGGCCCGGCCCGAGUUCUGCUACGAGGACGUGCGGGUGACGCGCACCACCUGGGACUCGCCGCUCUGCGCCAUCAACCCUCGCUUCAUCGCAAUCCUCACCGACGCAUCGGGCGGCGGCGCCUUCAUAGUCCUGCCCAUUGUCCGGACGGGGCGCGUGGACAAGUCGAACCCCACCGUGUGCGGCCACACGGCACCCGUCCUCGACAUCGCCUGGUGCCCGCACGAUGACAACGUCAUCGCCAGCGGCUCCGAGGACUGCACCGUCAUGGUGUGGCAGAUCCCUGACGCGGGGCUUUACCGCCCCAUGACGGAGCCGGUCGUGUGCCUGGAGGGGCACUCACGGCGCGUGGGCAUCGUGGCCUGGCACCCGACGGCUCGCAACAUCCUCAUGAGUGCAGGCUGCGACAACGUCAUCAUCGUGUGGAACGUGGGCACGGGCGACGCCGUGCUGAGCCUGCCCGACCUGCAUGGGGACCUCAUCUACAGCGCGGCGUGGAACCGCGUGGGCUCGCUCGUAGUGACCGCGAGCCGAGACAAGCGCGUGCGCGUCAUCGACCCCCGCAAGGGGUGCACCGUCGCCGAGAGGAUGACCCCGCACGAGGGGAUCCGCCCGAUGCGGGCGCUCUUCACGAGGGACGACCUCGUCUUCACCACCGGCUUCACGCGCAUGAGCGAGCGUCAGUUCGGCCUCUGGGACCCGAAAAAAUUCGAAGAGCCAAUCACGCUGCAGGAGCUGGACUCGAGCAACGGAGUCCUCAUCCCGUACUACGAUAUGGACACAAACAUCAUCUACCUAUGCGGAAAGGGCGACUGCACGAUCCGCUAUUUCGAGGUCACCCCGGAACCUCCCUACGUCCACUUCUUGAACCUUUUCAGCAGCAAGGAGCCUCAGCGCGGCAUGGGCUUCAUGCCCAAGCGUGGCCUGGACGUCAACAAGUGUGAGAUCGCGAGAUUUUACAAGCUCCAUGAACGCAGAUGUGAGCCCAUCAUCAUGACCGUGCCCAGGAAGUCGGACCUUUUCCAGGACGACCUCUACCCGGACACGGCAGCAGCUCAAGCAGCCAUAGAGGCGGACGAGUGGCUGAGCGGCAAGGAUGGCGAGCCCGUGCUCGUGUCACUGCGGGCGGGCUACGUGUCUACGCGUAGCAAGGACGUCAAGGUUGUGCGACGGAACGUGUUGGACAACCGGCCGGCGAACCCGGACGUUCGCAAUGGAGCAGCUCCGCCCCCAACGCUCGCCCGCAGCAAAUCGGUGUGCAUGGGCGGCAAGGAAAUGUCAUACGAGGACAUCCUCAAGGACGUGUGCGACGAGGUGGGGCUGCUGCGCACGGUCGUGCGCAACCAGGAGCGCCGCAUCGGGCAGCUCGAGGAGUCGGUGUCGUCGCUGACUCAGGCCUUGGAGGAGGCCCUCGCUAUGGUCGACUCGGACGAGGAGCCCUCCCGGUCGACGGGUGGCCGGGACUGGCACUGGGAUGGCCCGUCGAGCGGACGGGACGCGGACGCCGGACGCGGAUGCAGAGCAGCAACUACAAAUUCACACUCAGGCGGUCAAGCCAGAUAACCGCGUCAGGAGCACCGGAGUGCAUCGCUGUGAUGAUGUCUCCUUCGUAUGAACACGUGUUGCAUUAAUCCACGUUGUAAUGGAUGUAAUAUUUAAUCCUCUCCCUCCCCGCCCCCCUCCCUCCAUAUUUGUGUUGCUUUGGAAAUAAAUCGCACGUGGUGCAACAUGCACGGUACUUCCAUAUGGGUGGAAAAACCUGGAAUUAAAUAAAAUAUCGAAAGCGUCAGUUUCCCAAAGAGGGACCGUCUCGAUUUCACGCUAAAACCUCCGAUGUGACAACACUGAAACGAGAUGUGUAUCAGUCGAUGGUAAAGAGAAAGGUUUCCCAAACUCCAGUCCUCACGACCCAAUUUACUCGCAAAUAUGAAUUCGGUCAUUCCACGCUGCAACGCGCCCGAUGAUUGUUAAAUCGGUCCCACGUGGCACGCUGAGCAAUUCACGCUGUCUGCAUCACGUUGAACAAGCAAAGGCAAAGAUCCCCCUGUAUCGCCUUACCAGACUGUUGGGACAAGUGCUGUUAUCGAUGGAACACAUGUGCACACACAAACACACGUGUAUGCGCACGUGUGUACUCACGCACGCACGCACCGAGAGCUCAACCUUAAUUGGAAUCGGCUCUCUAUUAAGCCGGACGGCGUUAAUUGCUUAGCGCGUCAUGCGGGAACACGUUUUACAAUCGUCUGGCGCAUGCAACGUGUAACGAGUUAAUUAGCAUUUUUAUUGGGAAAAGUAUCUUAGUAAACGCGGAAAGUACUGGCAUUUGGGAAAAAAAGCCUGGUAUAGAGCGACAACGCGGUUUCAAAUGUUGACGUUGGAAGCAAUCACAUUGUACUGUACUGUGUUGUCUUGUGUUACUAUUAAAAGUGGGACCGGAGUUUUCCACUUUUGAGAGUCACGAUUGCGACUUGUAUCUCGAUAUCCGACCAUUGGGUAAGUCUGCUGCCAAUCGCAAAUGGUUUUGUGAGACAAUUCUAAAACAACAACAACAAAAAAGGUUAUUUUAUAUAAGAUUUGCUUUUAUUCGGUGUUUUUUUUUCAUUCAACCGAUUCCAAUUUGUGCUCAAUAUUGUGGGCAGUUGUAUCUGUCAGCUGGUGUGGUAAGUUCUGUUGCGUUUAUUAAAGCGGCUUAUAAGUUACGGUG